AAGAAGACAUCUAGAAGACACCAGCUUCUCUGUCAAGGGUCGAGUUUACAAUGCUGCGGUGCGCUCCAUAUUACUAUAUGGAUCAGAAACCUGGCCGCUGCGCGCCGAGGACGUCAAAAGACUCAGUGUUUGACCAUCGAUGUCUUCGGAGCAUUGCCCGAAUCUGUCUCCACUCGCUUCCGGCUACGCACCUCUGGUGAUCCAGAGGCUGCUGCGGUGGGAUGUGCGGGGGUUGGUAUUGUGCUAAGUCACCGGGCGCAAGCAUCCUUACGUGACUGGAUACCUGUUGAUAGUCGCUUCUGCGCGGUUCGGCUAUCAACGUCUGUGAAGGAGUCUCACAAACGGCAAGUUGAUAGAUGUUUGUUUAUCGUGUCUGCCUAUGCCCCAACUGACUUUAGCUCCGACGCCAUCAAAGACAGGUUUUACGACGCCCUGAAUGCUCUGCUGCGGCGAGCUAAAAGCUCAGACAUCUGA